UCCUCCCAAGUACCAAUCAAGCUGCUUCGAUCUUCUUCUUACUACUCUCGUUUCUAAUUAUUGUUGCUAUCUUAAAUGGGUUCAUCUGAGAAGAGAUCAAAGGAUAUCAUGAGUGACAUACCAACUUUCAGUGCAGAGAAUUUGCAGAACAAUUUGAAAGUCAUCCAAAACAGCCGGACGUUUCUGUCGAUUAUCGCUGGUGUCCUUGCAGGAAUAAUUGGGUUCAAUGGCUUGACUGGUUUUGUAUUUUACUUUGUGGUGAUGUUGAUCACAUCAGUUGGGCUCAUGGCUAAGGCAGGAUUCUCAGCUGACUUGUACUUUGAUUCGUGGAAUCGGGUCCUUUUUGACGGCUUUCUUGGUGGCCUUAUGUCGUUUGUGCUGUUCUGGACAUUUGCUUAUGACUUGGUGCACAUAUUCUGAGAGUACUUCAGCUGCAAAGGAGGAUGGUGAAACGACACACAAGAUUGAAUUCGGGUUUGCAGCCUCUUCAAGUAACUGAAUUAGAUUGACAAUGUUUCUCUGGUUCCCGUUUUGAACAACAAAUUAUGAGUUCUUAU